CAGAGUGGUCAGCAAGACAGCUCUUCAUCAUCUUCUGUGAUGUGAGUUGCUAUGGUCUUAAUCAGGCUCAUUACGAAUCUGAUCUACCUUGUGUAAGGCUUGUCAUCAUCACUUAUUUAAUUAUGUACAAACUAUGCUUAUGUUCUCUUUCUUUGUACUAUUUACAUCUCGCAACGGCGGCUACAGAAGUGACCGAUUGCUCUACAAACUGCGAGUCUUCAGUAUAUUGGUUUCAGGAUCUAUUCUUCAAUGGAUUAUCUGAUAAUAAUCGUUAUCAGACUUGGAUUUUAUCUAUUCUAGCAUCCUGUGUAAUCGGAUUGACUGGUAUUGUGCCAUUAAUAAUUUUCGUUCCUAGCAGAGAGCUUAACUAUCAAGGUGGGAGUAAAUUAUUGAGGCUGUUACUUAGUUUUGCUGUGGGAGGAUUGCUUGGUGAUGUCUUUCUUCAUCUGUUACCCGAAGCUUGGAAACACAUCGAGAGCUUGGGACCCGAACUGCACUCCAGUCAUUUAACUUUAGGAUUGUGGGUACUUAUUGGCAUGUUCUCCUUUGUUAUCAUAGAAAUCAUGUUUGCUGCUUCACAGAACAGUAAGGAAAUUUCUGAUAAUGCCAUAGAGAUUUCCGAAAAUAAUUUUUAUUCAGAAAAAAAACACGAGAAGCAAAUACUGACAUCGUCAUCUAACAUACUGUGCAAUGGCAAUUCCUCAUGUCAUAAAGUAGCUUCUGAGAUGCAGCAAACUUUUAUGCAAAAUGGGUAUCUGAAAACUUCUAAUGGAAGUCUAAUUAAAGAAGUUCCAAAAGUUUUGCAAACAAUACACAUAUCUGGCUAUCUGAAUUUAAUGGCAAAUAGUAUAGAUAACUUUACUCAUGGGUUAGCAGUUGCAGCUAGUUUUCUUGUAGGAAUAAAGGUAAUUUUUUUCAUGAAUAUCGUAUUAAAUCCUUUUUUAAACAAUGAAAUGUAAUGUAAUGUAAUGGGU